AAGAGAAAAGAGGGGAAGAAUACGUGAAGAAAAAAAGUAUAAUUUUUUAUUUAAGAGGAAGAAAAGUAGAAAAUUAAAAGACAAGGUGAACGAUAGUUUUUCAUGUUCAUAACAACAUCAAUUGAUUCAUAAAUGAGAGAAAAUAGGAAAUAGAAGCUAAAAUUAAUCAUUUUUAUCUUGAGUAUAAAGAUUGCAAGCAUCAAAGAGAACUAUCAAAACAUCUCAUCAUUGUAUUCAAAGUUUUAAAGCGUGUUUUUUUAAAUGAUAAUAAAUUUUCAACUUUAGAUUUAUUAAAUGUUUAAAUAUGAUUUUAUAUGAUUAAUUCGUGCAUAAAUAAUGUAUUUUAAUAUCUGAGGUUCAAUAGCAAAACCAGGUGCCGUUUAUUCUACAGAACUACCGGACAAGCAGAAGAAGAAAGUAAUAAUAUGAGAUAAUGGGGGAGCAGAGUUUCUAUAAAUAGAUGCCCCCACUUUCAGUCUCAGCAUCGCCACAAAUUGUGUCAUCAACACUGCAAAUAUCUUCAUCAAUCUCUCUCUUUAUCUUUCUCUGUAGUUUCUCAGCCAAUAGUUCCAAUUUUCAACAAUAUUAAAAGCUUGAUCUGGGAAUUCGAAAAAAUGGGUAGAUUUUCAAUACCCAAGUUGGGAUUUCUACUGUUAUGCUGUUUAGCAGCUGUUACAGAAGCAACAUAUUUGAAAUACAAAGACCCAAAGCAGCCGGUGGGUGUUAGAAUCAAAGACUUAAUGAGUAGGAUGACUUUAGCUGAAAAAAUUGGCCAAAUGACUCAGAUCGAGCGCAGUGUUGCUACCCCUGAUGUGAUGAAGAAGUACUUUAUUGGGAGUGUUUUGAGUGGUGGAGGGAGUGUACCAGCCGCAAAAGCUACUCCUCAAACUUGGAUUAAUAUGGUGAACUCAAUCCAAAAGGGGUCUUUAUCCACCCGUCUUGGGAUUCCAAUGAUAUAUGGGAUUGAUGCAGUUCACGGCCACAAUAAUGUGUACAAGGCCACUAUUUUUCCUCAUAACGUUGGUCUUGGAGUGACCAGGGAUCCUCAACUUAUCAAGAAGAUUGGAGAUGCAACUGCUCUUGAAGUUAGAGCUACAGGAAUUCCCUAUGUUUUUGCUCCAUGCAUUGCGGUUUGCAGGGAUCCAAGGUGGGGUCGAUGCUAUGAGAGCUACAGUGAGGAUCAUAAGAUUGUUCAAUUAAUGACUGAGAUUAUACCUGGUUUACAGGGAGAUCUCCCUGCCAAUUCUAAAAGGGGUGUUCCCUUUGUUGCUGGAAAGAAAAAGGUGGCAGCCUGUGCUAAGCACUAUUUGGGAGAUGGAGGUACGACAAAGGGCAUGAAUGAGAAUAAUGCUGCGAUUAGCUUGAAUGGAUUACUCGGCAUCCACUUGCCUGCAUAUCUUAACUCUAUUAGAAAGGGUGUUGCAACAAUUAUGGUAUCCUAUUCUAGCUGGAAUGGGAAAAAGAUGCAUGCUAAUCGUGAACUGGUGACAGGGUUACUGAAAAACAAGCUUAAGUUCAGGGGCUUUGUUAUUACAGAUUGGCAGGGUCUUGAUAGGAUUACCUCUCCUCCGCAUGCUAACUACUCGUAUUCUGUAGAAGUUGGAGUUGGUGCUGGGAUUGAUAUGGUCAUGGUUCCUUAUAACUUCACAGAGUUCAUUGAUGACCUAACCUAUCAGGUUAAGCACAAUAUCAUUCCCAUGAGCAGGAUUGAUGAUGCUGUAAAGAGGAUAUUGAGGGUUAAAUUUGUCAUGGGUCUCUUUGAGAGCCCAAUGGCUGAUAAUAGCCUGGUUGACCAACUUGGGAAUCAGAAACACAGGGAGUUAGCAAGGGAAGCUGUAAGGAAAUCUCUUGUCCUACUGAAGAAUGGCGAGUCUGCUGAUAAGCCAUUGUUACCUCUUCCAAAGGAAACAACUAAGAUACUAGUUGCUGGAAGUCAUGCUGAUGACUUGGGCUAUCAAUGUGGAGGCUGGACUAUCACAUGGCAGGGUCUUCAAGGCAAUAAUCUCACCAGUGGUACCACUAUCCUCCAUGCUAUUAAAAAUACGGUAGAUCCAACCACUCAAGUUGUCUACAGUGAGAACCCUGAUGCAGACUUUGUGAAGUCCAACAAAUUCUCUUAUGCCGUUGUCGUUGUGGGAGAACCCUCGUAUGCAGAAACAAAUGGUGACAGCCUGAAUCUUACAAUAUCCGAGCCUGGUCCAAGCACUAUUUACAAUGUUUGUGGAGCUGUGAAAUGCGUUGUUGUUGUCAUCUCUGGCCGGCCAGUUGUCAUACAGCCCUAUCUCUCAUCAAUUGAUGCACUUGUAGCUGCUUGGCUUCCAGGGACUGAGGGCCAAGGUGUUGCUGAUGUUCUGUUUGGUGACUAUGGAUUCACUGGCAAGCUUGCAAGGACCUGGUUCAAGACUGUUGACCAGCUCCCUAUGAAUGUUGGUGAUUCAGAUUACGACCCUCUCUUUCCAUUUGGAUUUGGUUUGACUACUAAACCUACCAAGCAAAACUAAGAUCACUUUAGAGCUUGCUACUUUAUAUUUGACCUUUUUUCCUAUUUUUACAUGGUUUAAAACAUCUUAGAUUAUUUUCCCUCUCCAUUGAGGAGUUCACAAUAAUCAUCUAUCAAAGCUGUCGAGAAGCGUUUCAGAUGGAUGACAAUUCUCUUUUCAAAUUUUCUCUUGUUGUGAUACAUGGUCAAGAAUUUUGUCUCAAUGUUACCAAAUGAUUUACUUAAGAGUUGUAUUUUGCCCUUUUUACUACUUCCUAACAUGCAAAUGUAUCAAUUUUUGCCAACCCUAUAAAGAUAGAAUCAAAUAACUUUGUGAUUCUGUGGCUUAGAACAUCUUACCAUAAAAUUUCUUAAAAGUGUAAUGUUAUUUUUAUCCAACUAUACACAAUUUCUAAGAUCAAAU